CUUGCUUGGAGGGGUUUUUAUCCACAGCUUCAGAAGUGGACAAGCCCAUCCAGAAGAUGGAACUGAUGGACUAUAUGCUCGAGGCAACCUCAGAUUAUGAUCCAGCAAAUUAUCCUUCUGUCGAGUCGAAUGUGUGCGAGAUGGGGUCUGUUUCCACAAUUACGAAUAUGUUUACCAGCAUCCUGUAUUCUCUCAUUUUUCUCUUCAGCCUGCUAGGAAAUAGCCUUGUCUUGUGUGUCGUAAUGAAAUACGAAAGCCUCACCUCCUUAACAAACCUCUUCAUCGUGAACCUUUGCAUCACUGACUUGACUUUCUCUUGCACGCUCCCUUUCUGGAUUGUGUACAAUUAUUACGGAUGGAUUUUUGGCGAUUUCCUCUGCAAAGCUGUGACUGCCAUUUUCUCUAUUAGCUACUAUGGUGGUGUCAUCUUCCUGACCAUAAUGACAGUCCUCCGGUACCUGGCUGUGGUGGAUCCCUUGUCAUCACUGAGAACUCAGACAAAAAGGUGCGGAAAACUGUUGAGUUUGGCCAUUUGGGUGUGCAGUGUGUUAGUUGUGGUUCCUGAGAUUAUUUUUACCCGCGUAAUACCUCACAAUGGCGUACAGUACUGCGACUACGAAGGGGAAUCUAUUUGGAAGCUGGUGGAAUUGGGCCAGCAAUCUGCCUUCUUCUUAUUUUCCUUCGCGAUCAUUGCAUUUUGUUACAUAAGGAUGCUGAAGAUCCUGCUUCGACAGCGGUCUCAAAGGAGGCACCGGACCGUAAGGCUCAUAUUUGCUAUAGUGCUGGUCUUUUUCCUGAGCUGGGCACCUUAUAACGUGCUUGGUUCUGUGUACGUUUUGUCUUUUCAGCAGUACAUUGUCCUACCCUGCGAACAGUACAGGCAAGUUUUCUUUGCUUUCGACAUCAGCCGCAAAAUAGCCUAUGGCCACUGCUGCCUCAACCCGGUGCUCUACGUCUUCGUCGGAGUGAAAUUCAGAAGGCACCUGAAACUCCUGUACAAGCAUUAUUCCCCUUGCCACAGCAGGAUCCCACCUUCCAGCCCCAGAGCUCAUUCUUUUCACAUGAACCCCUACGAGGAUGCAUCAAUGUACUGAAGAAAAGGCCACCUGAAAAAGGAAGAGUCUAAUUGACCCAGCUAGCCUAACAAAUAGAUGAAUGGCCACAACAACAACUGUCAAUUUGCAACAUCUUCUUCUUCUUCUCCAGAGGAGGGAAGAGAAUUGCUUGGAAUUGCUUCUGUUUUGCCAAUAACAUAUAUUGGGGAUCAGUCUUUUCUCUGUCUUUACCUCUGCUAAAAAUUUCAGAACUAUAAAUAAGAAUCUGUAUCCAUACAGGAUAAAUCGACCGUCCUUUUUGUUUUCAAAUAGUCAAAUAUUACUCUAAUCCCUGAAAUGUUUAAAUGAUCCAGGUAUUGUUGUGUGAUAAAUCAAAACUUGAGAUAUUAGUAGCAAGCUGUUUCCAAACAAGGGGGUGGGUUUAAUAUUGUAAAUAUGUCACUAAGAUAUUGAAUGGGUGUUGCAGCAACAUGUCUUGCUAUUUUUUAAUUAUUCGGGGGGUUUUCUCAGAAAGGCUAAAUCCAGGUGAAAUAGUGGUGGGGAGGAGAUGCAGGUUGCCAUUUUGAUGCCAAGGAACCUGCAAAAACUUGCAUACACAAGGAGCUCCCAUCCCACAAUAAACAGCCAUAUGCAAUUGCAUAUUUGACCCAACAUAUCUACAAACACAUGGAAACUCCCAGACAUGAAUUCAAAUCUUGCAUGCAGAAAUUAAGAGGAGCAGAGUUUUGUCUAUGUGCUGUUAUAUGUGGACAAAUUUGAAGAAGGGGGGUGGGUGCUAUAGUUCAGUGGUAGACUCAGAUGUUUUACAUGCAAAAGGUUUGAUGUUCAGUCCCUGGCUUUUUCAGGCAGGGCUGGUAAGAAGACCACUGUCUGGAGAAGUGAUUUCUGUUAAUGCAGACAAUGCUGAACUAAAGAGAAAGACCGAAAGUCCGACUCAGCAUAAGGCAGUUUUUUGUUUUCCAAAUGCAGGCUGAAGUUUUCAUUCAGAGUUAGGAUAACGGUUUGACCAUUAAGAAAACCAACUACUAAUUUGCAGCACUGUGGUUGAAAUAUGUCCCUCUUUGGGUUCACUUGAAAUGGUGGCAAACCCUUCCACAAUAUAACCUCUUAAAACUUGUUUAGUUCUACAGUGAUACAGUAUAUAUAGAGUUGCUAUGAAACCUUCAUAUAUAUAUAUAUAUUUAAAAGAUCUGUACUUUUGCAUUAUGAAUCCCUGAUAAUUGUAGAAAGCUGUUUAUUUCCUAUUUAAGGCAUUUUAACCAUCACAGUUUCCAUAAUGAAAAGGGUUUAAAAUGUAUACUCCAUAAGUACAAUGAACAAGU